AUGUCUCCUGUACGCUCUAUCCUCCUUGCCCUUGCUGCUUCUACCGUAUCUACUCGUGCGAUCCCCAUCUUGCAACCCACAGACGUCCUCCGACUAGAUUCCGAUGGAUCGUUCAAGCUCUCUAUCUUCAAUGAUCUGCACUUUGGUGAAGCAGAAGACACACUAUGGGGUCCAGAGCAAGAUGCCAAGAGCGUCAAAGUCAUGAAUUCAGUUCUCGAUAGCGAGAAUACCACUGGCUUGGUCGUUCUGAAUGGAGAUCUGAUCACUGGUGAGAACACUUUCCUCCAGAAUUCCACCAAGUACCUGGACGCUGUCGUGGCCCCUCUAGUCAAACGUCGUAUCAGUUGGGCUAGCACAUAUGGCAAUCACGACAGCGACUUCAAUCUUUCACGCGAAGCCAUCUUUGCAGAAGAAUCUAAAUACUCGCUGAGCCGCACCAAGAACAUGGUUCCUGCAUCUGACGCCGGUGUGUCCAACUACUACCUGCCUGUGUACGGUCAGGAUCCAGCCGUUCCUGAGUUCCUGCUCUGGUUCUUUGAUUCCCGCGGCGGCAAUUACUUCCAGCAGAAGUCAGCUACUGGGCAACCAGUACCCCAGCCCAAUUGGGUUUCCCAAAGCGUGGUUGACUGGUUCACCGAGACUCGAUCUGCUCUCGAGAAGAAGCACAAGCGUCUUGUGCCGAGUGUAGCCUUCGUCCAUAUACCCUCAAAUGCCAUGGCCGCUUUCCAAGCUACGGGUGUGGACGCACAUCGUGAACCUGGCAUCGAUGACGACAACCCGCUGGCCCAACAAGGUUCAGCUUCGGGCCAGGGCAAUGUCAGUGGUGCUGUGUUCAGCUACAACGGUCAAGAUAUACCCUUCAUGCAAGCUCUCCUCGAUACGAAGGGACUGAAAGCAGUCUUCUCAGGUCACGACCAUGGCGACGACUGGUGCUUCAGGUGGGACUCGAAGUUGAAGGGUAUGAACCUGACCGGCAAUGGGUUGGACUUAUGCUUCGGGAGACACAGCGGAUACGGAGGUUAUGGAUCAUGGACAAGAGGAAGCAGACAAGUUGUACUCAAGAAGGGCGAUGAAGACGUCGAGACAUGGGUGAGAUUGGAGGAUGGGACGGUCAGUGGCAGGGUUACUUUGAAUGGAACAUACGGACAAGACUCCUAUGCUGCUGUGACUUCAUAG